AUGACUCUCCGAAGAACGGCAGCUCCUCCAGCUGACCCCUCCAAUCUCAUUUUGGUCCCUACGACUUAUAAGAUUGACAAAUUCAUCUGCGCAGGAACCGGACUCUAUGCCCCUCCCAACUGUAAUUCCAUAAAUAAAGACUUCGACGCACUCCUCAACCCAUUUUACUACAGCAAAUCCCUCACAGAUCCAAUUAAUACUGCCCAAGAUAAAUGGAACCUAUUGCCUGCCUUCCUUAAAAUUAAGGGCUUAGUCAAGCAACAUAUCGACUCGUAUAACUACUUCGUUGAGGUUCAAUUGAAAAAAAUCGUACAGGCAAGCGCAGAGAUUCGUAGCGAUGUUGAUCCUAACUUCUAUAUCAGAUUCCAUGAUAUAUACCUGGGCAAUCCCCGGCGGGCAGACGAAGAGCAAGACUCCAAAUUUGAUUUAGCAUCCACUAUCACUCCAAACGAAUGCCGCCUGCGUGACAUGACCUAUGCAGCCCCUAUUCUGGUCGAUUUCGAAUAUGUCCGUGGUAGACAACGGGUCAAGCGGAACGGGACCGCCAUUGGUCGGAUGCCGGUUAUGCUACGGAGCUCCAAGUGCGUCUUGUCGAAUAAGUCAGAGGCAGAGAUGCAGUUGCUACAAGAGUGUCCUCUUGACCCUGGUGGGUAUUUCAUCGUCAAUGGGACUGAGAAGGUUAUUUUGGUACAAGAGCAAUUGAGUAAAAAUCGGGUUAUUGUGGAGACGGACUUGAAGAAAGAUAUUGUGCAGGCUUCGGUUACUAGUUCUUCAAACGAGCGUAAAUCGAAGAGUUACAUCAUCCUGAAAAAGGAUCGGAUAUACAUGAGACAUAACGUUCUUAGUGAAGAUGUUCCAAUAGUUAUCCUUCUCAAGGCGAUGGGAAUCCAGUCCGACAAGGAAAUGUUGCUUCUUGUUGCCGGCAUCGAUAGCACAUUCCAAGAAGACUUUGCCAUCAACUUCGAAGAAAGCGUGAAACUCGGCAUAUAUACGCAGCAUCAGGCGCUGGAAUACAUCGGUAGCAGAAUAAAAAUCAACCGGAAGCCGAACAGCUUCGGAAUUACCCGACGAAACCAUGUCCAGGAAGCCAUCGAAGCUAUUUCCUCUGUUAUCAUCUCUCAUGUCGUCGUGGAGAACUUGAACUUCCGCCCCAAAGCUCUGUAUGUCGCGCAUAUGGCUCGGCGCGUUUUGAUGGCGAAGCACGACCCCAGUCUAGUAGAUGAUCGGGAUUAUGUAGGCAACAAGCGCCUGGAAUUGGCUGGCCAGCUUCUGGCCUUGUUGUUUGAAGAUCUGUUCAAGAAAUUUCAGUUUGAUAUUAAAAUGAAUAUCGAUAAGGUGCUGAAAAAGCCGGUGCGGACGGAACAGUUCGAUGCGUAUGGAGUCGUCGCGAUUCAUGGAAACCACAUCACCCAGGGUAUGAACCGGGCCAUCUCAACCGGUAACUGGAGUUUGAAGCGUUUCCGCAUGGAGCGCGCAGGCGUUACUCAUGUAUUGAGUCGAUUAAGCUACAUAGCAGCGCUAGGUAUGAUGACCCGUAUUUCAAGUCAGUUUGAGAAGACGCGCAAAGUCUCAGGGCCUCGAGCCCUGCAACCGUCCCAGUUUGGUAUGCUUUGCCCAUCCGAUACGCCAGAAGGUGAGGCUUGUGGCCUUGUAAAGAACUUGGCGCUUAUGACGCAUAUCACUACCAACGACGAGGAGCAGCCUGUGAGGAAACUCAUAUUCGCUCUUGGUGCAGAAGAUGUGCAGACUGUCGGUGGCCGCGAGUUGCAUGGCCAGGGGGCUUACAUUAUCUUCCUCAAUGGAUCCCCUAUCGCCCUAACACGGCGGCCGAAAUUUUUCUUAAAUUCGUUCCGACGGCUGCGGCGGACGGGACGGGUUUCGGAAUUCAUCAGCGUCUUCAUUAAUCAUCAUCAAAACGCAGUGCACGUCGCGACGGACGAUGGGCGGAUAUGCCGCCCACUAAUCAUUGUUGAAGACGGGAAAUCAAAUGAACGGGACGAUGGGAAUUCGACGACUUCUUGGCUCAUGGUCUCGUGGAGUAUUUGGAUUGUAAUGAGGAAAACGACUUCCUAUAUCGCCGUCUAUGAAGAAGACAGGCUCAGAGCACGACGCAUUUGGAAAUCGAACCGUUUACCAUUCUCGGCGCUGUGGCCCGGUCUCAUCCCUUACCCACAUCAUAACCAAUCCCCCCGAAACACAUAUCAAUGCGCUAUGGGUAAGCAAGCGAUCGGUGCUAUCGCAAACAACCAAUUCCUUCGCAUCGACUCACUCCUCUACACCAUGGUGUACCCUCAAAAACCGAUGGUGAAAACACGAACAAUCGAGCUUAUCAAAUACGACAAGCUUCCCGCCGGCCAAAGUGCAACUGUUGCCGUCAUGAGCUAUUCUGGCUACGAUAUUGAAGACGCCCUCGUCCUAAACAAAGGCUCUGUAGACCGCGGCUUCGGCCGCUGCCAGGUUUUCCGGAAAUAUUCCACAAACCUUAAAAGUUACUCCAACGGCACAAAGGACAAACUUAAAGGUCCCGAUCGCGAAAACGGCGUGCCAAUCCGCAAACAUGCCCUCCUCGAUAAUGAUGGCCUUGCCGCCGUCGGUGAAAAAGUAAACCACGGUGAAGUCUACAUCAACAAAGUCACGCCGGAAAAUGCCCUCUCAUCCGGCAUCACGGGUUCAGACGCGGGCAGGCCCAUCGCCUACAUCCCCUCUCCGCAAACCUACAAACUUCCCGACCCCAGCUACAUCGACAAGGUGAUGAUCUCUGCCACCGAGGCCGAAAACCAACUCAUCAAAGUCCAGACGCGCCAAACUCGCGUGCCGGAAGUCGGCGACAAAUUCUCCUCCCGCCACGGCCAAAAGGGUGUCGUCGGCAUCAUCGCCGAGCACGCAGAUAUGCCAUUUAGCGACCUCGGGAUCGUUCCGGAUAUUAUCAUGAACCCGCACGGUUUCCCCUCGCGCAUGACCGUGGGCAAAAUGCUCGAGCUGAUCGCAGGUAAAGCGGGAAUUCUCUCUGGCCAGUUCGGCUACGGGACUGCCUUCGGCGGCAGCCCCGUGGAGGAAAUGUCCGCCAUCCUUGUCGACCACGGCUUUUCGUAUGGCGGCAAGGAUUAUCUCACAUCUGGCAUCACGGGGGAGCCGCUCCCUGCUUACGUCUUUAUGGGACCUAUAUAUUACCAGAAGCUGAAGCAUAUGGUUCAGGAUAAGAUGCAUUCGCGGGCGCGCGGGCCGCGGGCGAUCUUGACGCGGCAGCCGACGGAGGGGAGGUCGCGGGAUGGUGGCUUGCGGCUUGGCGAGAUGGAGCGUGAUUGUCUGAUUGCGUAUGGAACGAGUCAGUUGUUGUUAGAGCGGUUGAUGAUUUCGUCCGAUCGGCAUGAGGUGGAUGUCUGUGAGAAUUGUGGGUUUAUGGGGUAUUUGGGGUGGUGUCAGCGUUGUAAGACGUCGCGAGGGGUGGUGAAGAUGGCCAUCCCUUAUGCGGCGAAGUUGUUAGUUCAGGAGCUUUUUAGUAUGAAUGUUGUCGCAAGAUUGAAGCUUGCGGAUGAGUUUCCGGAGGAGAGAGGGAGGUAA